CAGGAGAGAAGAAGACGACCCCGGAAGUAGUAUGAUUUACAGCCAACUUCUUAGUUUUCUGACGGCUGUUAAACUGUUUGUGAAGCCACGGGUGAAGAUUUAAAAUGCUCGCACACUAAAACUAAACUUUUAUCGGCCCGUCGCGUCUAAAAUGGAGGUGUUGAGGUCGCUGGUGGCCGAAAGACUGACGGCUGCUGUGGAGGAGAUAUUCAGCGCUGUGGAGAAGAUGAUGACAGAGAAGACGAAGAAGAGGAGGCUGCACACAGCAGAAAUGUCUCCUGAGCAGCAGAGGGCGGUCGUACUCGAGCGUCUGUCGUUGGUUGCUGACGAGAUCUGCAGGAUUCUGGAGGAGAUGAUGGCUGAAUACGAGGCCGAGGUGUCCGGUUCCCACGAGGAGGUCGAACAUCGUCACCAGCUGCUGGACAUCACGUUAAAAACAGAGACAAAUUUACACAACAGAUCGCUGCUCUCUGGGUCCGGCUGUGAAAUGGACGUGUCAUCUGAGCAGAACCGGAGCUGCGAUCAGGUCCAGAAGACAUCAAAUAAACCACAGAUAAAAGACGCGUCUACAGAGACGGACUCUGAGUUAAACCAGGGUGAGGCCUCACAUCUUCACCAGACACAGAGAGCAGAAAAGGGAACCUCGACCACAGAAACAGAGACACGAGGAGAGCAGCGUGGGGAGGCACCGAGUGACCAGGAGGUUGUUUCAUCUAGACAUUCAGAAUCUGGGAGCGAUGAUGAUGAGAGUGAUGAAGAGCGAAAGGAUAAGUCAAACAAAAGAAAGACACUUCAGAGACAAAACCAGGGUUGCAAAAUGCGUCGAAUGUCUUUCCGUAAAGGGAAAAAAAGUAAAAUAACUCCAACAAACAAGAUUCAGACUGCAGGACAGAGCUGCUGCAGAGUCUGUGGGAAGUUCUUCAGGUACAAACGCUCUUUUCUGAAACACGUUCUUCAGCACGAGCAGAGCUCAGAUCAGUGCGGAGCCUGCGGGAAACAUCUGGACUCUGACGAGAGCUUGAAGGUGCAUCUGCAGAAACACAGUGAGGAAAACGUCUGCGGGGAUCAGACGGAUUCAGACGCUGAGAGCAAAGCGGACGACAGUGAUGAGGACUGGAGGGAAAGUGAAGGAAGUGACGGCGAGAAAGAUGAAACCAAAGAAAGAUGUUGUGGACAAAAGCCAUCAAAAACAAGAAAUACUGGAGCAAACAAACCUAAAGGAUCUAAAAAUAAGGACUCAUCUCACCUGAAAUACAGCUGCAAAGUCUGCGGCAGGUGUUUCUGCUACAGAACCUCGUUUCUGAAGCAUGUGCAGGAAGACGAGACGGAUGCAGAUGUUUGUGGUGUCUGUGGGAAACAUUUCGAUUCUGAGGAGAGCUUGAGGCUUCAUCUGCAGACGUACAUCCGAACGAACGACUGUGAGGUUUGCGGGAAACAAUUCGACGGACAGAAACAGCUGGAGAUGCACAUGAGGACCCACACGGGGGAGAAACCGUUCGUCUGCGCCAUCUGCGGCAAGGCGUUCGCUCAAAACGGGAACCUGAUGGGACACAUGAGGAUCCACACGGGGGAGAAACCGUACGGCUGCAGCGUGUGCGGUCAGAGCUUCAGCUACAAGGAAUACAUGACGGCUCACAUGAGGAUCCACACGGGCGAGAAGCCAUUUCUCUGCAGCGUCUGCGGGAAAGGAUUCAGACAGAGGGGAACGCUGAAAACGCACAUGAUGAUCCACACGGGCGAGUCGACGCACCGCUGCGUCAUAUGCGACAAGAAGUUCUACAAGAGCGGCGCGCUGAAGAUCCACAUGAGGUCGCACACCGGAGAGAAACCGUACCUGUGCAACGUCUGCGGGAAAAGCUUCACGGCGGGCGGAUCGCUGACCAAACACAUGGGCGUCCACGAGGGCGAGCGAAGGAAAGGAGAUCCGAGGAGACGCGCUCAGACUCACGGGGACGAAUCCACACAGCUGACCAGCCUCUGAUGCUCAGUUAAAGGAGCAGUUCAUUAUUUAGGGAAAUAUAUUAAUUUGUUUUCUUUGUAGCGGUAUCACCAAACUGUGUGUUUUUGAUUAUGAAGCGGACCUUGGAGCUAUAUAUGAAUAUAUGAAUAUGGAAAAUAGAACCGCCAUUGUUGCAAAAACACUGACAGAGCUGUUGUGGAAACACGGUGGGUGGUGCUGGAUCAGGACUGUAAGAGCUGACCAAUCAGAGCAGACAGGGCUUUGAAAAGGGGGGCGGGGCCUUAAAGAGACAGGACUGUUCAGACAGAGGGUGAAUAGAGGUGCUGCAGCUGUGGACAGAACACAAAAAAAAGUGUUUUUUGAACAUUAAAACAUGUAAACAUUAAGUAUAAACCAGAUAAUAAGCAUAUUAUGAAACCAAUCAGCCAUUUGAAGAUGUUUUAGGAAAAUUGUAAUUUUUCUACUCUUUUCUGACAGUGUUGUGGUGAGUUUAAUGGUACAUUUGGUAUUAUUUUCUUUUUCCAAAUGAUAAACAUCUGAGUUUUUUCACAUGUUCUCUCCAGCUGGAACGAUGAAUCGUUUGUCAGCUAUUAAAUUAAUUACACUAAGAUGGUCACAAAGUUGUUUUUACAGGAAAGUUAAAUUAUUUUUUCUGUAUUUUUCUUUGUCAAAGUACAACAUAUUCUGAAUGUUUUUGUUAAAAGUCCAGUGAUCAUGUCGCCAAACAAACAGGAAAUAACGUCUUAAAUUUGCUGCAGACAUAAAGAAACCUUCAGUGGUGACGAAUCAGGCUGAUCUCUGCAAGAUGAACAACAAUGCCAUGUUUUUAACUUUAUCUUGUGAAUCAGUAGUCAACAUAGGAUAUAUAAUAUGUUCUUUUAUCAGAUGUCUUUGAAUGAAUGUGUCUCAGCUUGAUCAUGAACCAAAAUUAUUAAUUAGACAAGAUGUAUAUUUUUUAUUUAAGGAAUAUCUUAAUGUCUUUGUUUUAUUGUUGUGUGAUACAUUUUUCUUUUAUCACACACAACGAUGCUGCAGUAUUUUGUUUGAAAUCUUGAAUAAAUGCAGGAAAUCUUUCAUCACUGACUGUUUCUGUCCUCAGAGAUGUGAUCUGACACGUCUGCCUCUCCUGUCUUUCAAAUAAAUUCAAAGAACUUUAUUUGUUCCCAUCUACAUGAAACAGAUACACAAACAGGUGAUCCUUAUGAUCAUCACACACAGACUUUAAGGCGAUUUAAUGCACUGAAUGUGAACAAACUCUCCCUGUUGGCUCAGACGAAGAAGCCAUGUCGGGUUUUUUCCUGAUGAAUCAAUGCUGCAGAACUGUGGCGGACCCUGCCACCUUUCCAGCUAGAACAGCUCGUUUACUCACUCAUGUGAAAAAUAAAGAUCUCUGCGUUUGAAUUAUUGCCUUGUAAAUCACGUACAUUCGACCUCUCUGAGUUUCUGAAUUUAAUUUUCCAAAACCACCAGGUAUAUAUUUGGAACAAGAGCUGUUAAUCUCGGGUUAAAACCAUCAAACUUUGGAUCUCGAUCAGCUGACAGAAACCAGACGGACUCAACAGGCGUUUCAGUUUAAACACAAUUUAUUUUUCUGCUUUAAAUAGUUACUUGGAUCAUCCAGUGUAGGCUAUGUUGGUUCGUCAUACAUGUUGGUACCAGAUUUUUAUCAUCGACAAACGGAUGCUCGGGUGUUUUUUGUAUGAAAAAAGACAAGAGAGCGAGAAAAAGAAAAAGAUUUACACAGGAACAGAAAAUCUGAUUUUUAACAAUGUGUGAUCAAUACAGUGAUUUUCUUUUUUUUUUUUUUUAGUAAAAAUGAUUAGAUUUGAGUGCCGGGGGGGCUUAAAGAAAAAAAAAAGAAAAACGAGAUUCUCUGUUCUCACGUAAUUAUUAAAUAAAGAUCAGAAAUAAAAACAGCCCCCCUGUUAAAAAACCACAGCAGACCUAAAAAGCAGACACUUCUAGAGUUGCAUGAUGGGCGUACAGAUACACACUCACACACACACACUUUCACACACUCUAUCACACACACACACACACACACACACACACACACACACACACACACACACACACUCGUAGGUGGGUGGUGCUAGCAGGUUACAUUCAGGGACCGUCCUGAAGCGUGAGGGUGAAGUGAUCUGCACGGAGAGAGAGAGUGUGUGUGUGUGUGUGUGUGUGUGUGUUAUUGUUAAAAAAAUUAAAAACAGUUAUAGAUGACGGAUGGUCGUGUUGUUAUGAGCGCUCACAGAAGACAGAAGUACCAUCAAACCCUCUCGUAGUUCUGUUACAGUGCGUCGAGUUAGGAAAAACAAAAAAAGGAGAGCGUUAAAAAUAAAGUGACGUCACAUGCAGCAAAAUAUCGUUUCUCUGAAGAAAUGUCCCUCUGUUUUCAAAAACCGAGCAAGUGUUUUUUGUUUUUUUUUCCCUCCAUUCUCGUUUUAAACAUACAGCUGUUUUGUUCCUUUUUCUUGUUUUUUUUAAUAUAUUGGAAGAGCAUGUCAGGUCACGCACACUCAAGGCUGCUCAAACAGUGUCGAACCUUUUUUUUCUCGGUUACGAACGCGCCGAAAAAACUCUGCGAAGCUUCAACUCAAAUCAGUGCAGAAACAAUCCAUGAAGCUACUGAUUUCUUUUUUUUUUUUCUCCUUGUUUUUUUUUUUUUUUUUCUGUUUAAAGAUUUUAUACAGUGUCAUUUAUAUA